AUGUCGAUCUUGCCCGAUACCCUCAAAAACCUCUAUAGCCCUCCCAAAGGCGGCCUUCCCGCAGACGCAUACGAGCGCGACGAAUUUUGGCGCAAUUGGGGAUUCACCAUUUACCGGACGGCCUAUGGCGGCGGCGGUGACGGCGGCAAACAGUCGGACCAGCACUGGCAGACGCUGCUGGCCAAAAUCCGCGAGCAAGCCGAGGACGAGACGAGGAUGCACGCGGGCGAGCGCCCGGGCGCGGCCGCCGCCGCCGCAGAGGCCGAGCGGGCGGCCGAACGGCUGCGUGCGCUGUUCCGGCUCGACGCUCACUCGGACGCCGCCCUGCUCGACGGCGCGAGCGACGACCGCCUGCGCGAGUUAUACAGGGCGGGGGAGCCCCUGGGCGAGGACGGCAAGCCGCCGGUCAUGCACGACGGCGUGCCGAAGCGCCGCCACUUCCUGGUCGCCGACGCGCAGGUGCUCGAGGACGCCGGCAACGGCAGGUUCUGGGCCAGGUGUAUCCAGGCCGAUUACGAGCCCGAAGACUACAUCUCACGCCACCCGCGCUGGUAUAUCGGGCAGUACUAUUUCGGCUGGAUGCAGAUGACCACCAGGAGCAUCCUGGAGCUGUGGAGCGACCUCGAAACGCGGGACCUGGAGCAGAUUGCGCCCAAGUCCAGCGAUCCCGAGCGCAAAGACGCCGUCUUGUACGAUGGGCAGUUGACUGGCAGCGGCUGGCACUAA